AUGACGGCAAGAAUAGUUUUCCGUAUCACAGUUGUGGCUGUCCUGGUCUACAGCGCAGUAACUCAGAAAUGUCCUGCACGUGGAAGAUCCGAGAGCUCCAUCAUUGGCUGGAUGUUACGGGGACACGUAUACGACACUCUUCUAGCGGAACUUCCCUUUACAUGCGUAUUCAAGUGUCGCCAAGACAAUCGAUGCCAAAGUUUUAACUGGGUGAUCUCUCUUCUCACCUGCGAGUUUAACAACAGGACAAAAGAAGCCAGGCCGGAGGACUUCAUUCCAAACCCGGAAAGAUCUUACUAUCCACGCGAUUUAAAGCGAGGUGAGUCGGCAUACCAGGAAGGGGGGAACUCCCUAUAAUGGGGACUAAGUUACAUUUUGCCUAAACUGCGCUUGAACAUUUAGGCUCAAAUCUGUCUUUUGGAGUAAAUUGAAGACCGAUGCUCAGAUGUCAAUAAAAACAAAGGUGGAAGUUCCAGGGGAUCGAAAAGCUUUUAAGCAACAAAUUUAAGUCCUUAACUUUUUAAGUCCUUGCGUAGCGUGUACGUCAACAAUGGCCUUACCAUGGAAACCGAAUUUUGACAGCCGUGUUUACAAAAUUAGCAUUUUCUAUAAAACCUGAGGUUUUAUUUCUAUGUUUACUAAUUGUAUCAUUAUAGUUAUCACUUAAUUUAGCAUUAUUUACAUAUUAUUAGCCACAUUUUAUUGACAGCAUGGACGCACCUGGUGCCAAAGUAAGAUGCGCUGGGUGCGAUUGUUGAAAGAGCUUAUUUUGCUUUUUCUUUUGCAGGUUUUUUUUGUUUUGUUUGUUUAUAUAUUUAAUAUUUUUCCAACUAACAUUUUCCCCUUUCCUUCUACUUCUUGCCACUUCCUUCUUCUUCCUCUCCCAUUCCCCACUUCGGCAUUACGUAAAAAGUAUGCAGGGUUAAAAAGCAUACUGAUGAAUUAACAUAGAUCUGUUUCUGACCGUUUAGUUCCCCUUGGUUCGAUUCAAGAACUGCCAGCUGAAACUUGUGACGAAAUAAAGAGGAGUGAAGGACACGCUGUUAGCGGGAAAUACUGGUUUUCCACUGUAAAAUCUGGUACAUUUGUAAUGGCUUAUUGCAAUAUGAAGACCAACGGUGAGUUUGGUCAGACGAGUUAUAGAUAAUCGGCGAGUGAAAAGCUUGAUGUUAAGUUUUUCGAUAUUUUAUCAUGCCUCAUCGCUGACUAAGUUUUAGCGGGAGAUGUAAACUAAUCAUGCAAACACACACACAAAAAAAAUAUGAAAAAAUAAAUUUUGAGCAAAAAAAUCAUGUUAGAUAGAAAGGGUUAAUGCCGUUCAAUAAUGUUUGUUUGUGUAGACAUUGACGAAUGCAGUGUUUCCCCUUCUGUAUGUGACAUCAACGCCAACUGCUCCAAUACUCGUGGAUCUUAUUACUGCACUUGUAAGGCAGGAUACACUGGCGAUGGAAAAACUUGCCAAGGUAAUAUAAGAUACUUUAGCUAAUUUCAACAGGACUGAAUAUUUCCAUUAAGAAAGUGUUUUUUUCUUAAUAAAUUUUUUCUUCUUAGACACUGACGAGUGCAGUGCUUCUCCUUCUGUAUGUGACAUUAAUGCCAACUGCUCCAAUACUCGUGGAUCGUAUUACUGCACCUGUAAGACAGGAUUUACAGGCGACGGAAAAAAUUGCCAAGGUAGGAGAAAAUACUUCAGCUAAUAAGUUAGUUUACUGCUGUACCAUCAGAGAUGGCAGUUUCCUGGAGACGUGUGACAUCAUUUGAAAUGGCGGCUAAUAAUGAGAUCGCGGUAAUCCAUCGAAUCCGUGUUUGUUUCUGGUAUCGGGACGCUUGAUGUGUUUUCUACACUUAAAAUUCAAUUACUUAACGGAAAGUGAUGUUUAAAUCGACGGCUUCACGAUCAUAGUUGCAUUAUGGGUAAUCAGGGCAAGAGGGCGAGAAAUUCAAAGAUUUGUAUUGGCAUUCAAAGCCAGCUAAUUCUUCCUGAAUUCAUACAUUUGAUGCUUUCUCCUUGAAGAGAAUAAAUUUAUUUACGAGUUCAAAGCAAUAAAUCUAGGCUGCAAAGAAGUCCGUGAUCAGUUACUAGAAAACCUUGAUUUCUCCUUUCAUUUUCUGUAAUUCGACAGUAUCAAAAUUACAGAAAAUGUAUGGAAAAGUUGAGGUUUUCUAAAAACUGAUCUUGGACUAUUAUGCAAUGCAGAUCCAGCUCAUAAGUUGCACUUUUCAAAAAGAACGUGGUUAAUAUAUAUGAAUUCAGGAAGAAUAAGCUGGCUUUGAAUUCCAAUACAAAUCUUUGAAUUUCCCGCCAUCUUGCCCUGAUUACCCAUGAUGCCAUUAUGAGCGUGUUCAAAGAAGGCUACUGAAAUCGGAUCCCUUGACUUUGCACGUGCAAGCUAGUGAAGACUGAGUUUUUGGAAUUUCCAUUUUGUACUUUUUUUUUUUUUGUAUUUUAUCAUUUCCUCCAUUUAUUUAUAUUACAGGCCAUUUAUAUUUUAUUACAGAUUCGAAGAUACCAUUCAUAAAAUUUCAGGUAUCACGGAUUACAGGAAUAAAUGGUCGGGAGAAGGGCAAGAUAUUGUGAAACUUAAAUUACAUGCCCUAUGAUUAAAUUACAGUUUUAUUUAGGGUAAAAGAGAAAAAAAGAUAAGUAUAUGAAGUAUGAAAUAUAAAAGAGAGAAAAAAGAAAAGUACACAAAAAUCUCUAAGAACAUAAGAGGGUCGGUAUGGCGGUGAUUAUACUGAGCAAGAUAACGGGUAGUAUAGUGUUCGUUUAAACUUUUAAAUCUCUAAUGUCAAUUUUAUUACAAGGAAAGGGACUUAGCGUAGGAUGAUGCGAAAGAGUCAAGACUGGCAAAUUAUCAGCUAUUUGUAGAGCAAUGCUACCACUAGUACUUGGCGUUAUAAGUUAGAAAGAAUGUGGUCUAUACAACUUGUUAUCGACUCGGUUAUGCGGGUUUAUUUUAUUUCAUUUUAUUCUUUUUUAUUGGCUUCUGCUAUUACUGAACAAUGAAUAAUAAAUGCUUAAUAGGCAGGGGUGCGACAACAGCGGUGAGCCAAUUAAAAAAGUGGUACCAGAGCUUAAAAGAUAUGUAAGAAACAGUAAAACUUCUUAUGAUCAUUAAAAACAACAACUGAGACGGCCGAUAGACACGUUACGUUACAUUAGCCUGUCCCUAUAUAUGUUUGGUCACAAAUGAAUAGUAGAUCCAGUAUACUUUGUAGCGCGCCUCUGGACGCCCUCGAGCUUUCGAAUCAGGUCUAUUGACUGCGGAGUCCAGACUUGCGUGGCAUAGCCAAGAUGGGAUCUUACUAGGGUAAGGUAUGCCGAGUGUCUAACCGUAUGAAUGCUUUUGACGAGUCUGGUGUCUGGUGUUUCUCUGUACAUGUCCCAGGGGCCUGCUGGCACAUUGACUUGCUUAUUCCACGGGAGAUUAUCAGUGAUGUAAACACCAGGAUCCUUCUCGGCAGAGUCAACUUCAAGCUGAGAGCCGGCCAUAUGAUAGACAAAGAUGACGGGUUUAAGUUUCCUAGUUAUGCGCUGCGCUUUGCAUUUGCUGUAGUUAAAGUUUAGGCUAAAAGAAUCUGACCACUUGACCAGGUCAGACAGGUCCUCCUGAAGCUGUUCUGCAUCGCGCGUUGAUGUUAUUUCUUUGAAGACCUUUGUGUCAUCGGCAAAAGCGGCAAUCUGGCUUGAUCUAACAACAUCUGGCAGAGAGUUCACACACAGAAGGGUUGUGAAUUGCUCAUGGCGGAUUGCCGAUUGCAGACAUUGCAGAUGAUAAUGAGAGAUGCAAAAAGUGUGUUCUGACAAAGAGAACUAAAAAGGAGCAGUUAGAUGGAAACUAUGAAACAUUUUCAAUUCAAAGUGGACUAGUGAUUUUUCAAUUAGUGUUGUCUUUCUUAGACAUAGACGAAUGCAGUGCUUCCCCUUAUGUAUGUGACAUCAACGCUAACUGCUCCAAUACUCGUGGAUCGUAUUACUGCACCUGCAAACCAGGAUUUACAGGUGACGGAAAAUAUUGCCAAGGUAGGGGAAAGUACUUUAGCUAAUAAGUUAGUUUACUGCUGUACCAUCAGAGAUGGCAGUUUCCUGGAGACGUGUGACAUCAUUUAAAAUGGCGGCUAAUAAUGAGAUCAAGGUAAUCCGUCGAAUUCGUGUUUGUUUCUGAUACUAGGACGCUUGUGUUUUGCAUUAAAGGGGCGGGGUAAAAAAAUGCUACGUUUGAAGACAGUUAUUUAUUGAAAGGUGAUGUUUAAAUUACUCGACAGCGUCGAUCGUCCGUUAAAUGCCCCAUCUUCCAGGUGCAAGGAAGUGAAGACUGAGUUUUUGGAAUUGCCAUAAGCAGAUGAUUAUGUCAUUGAGAUGCAAAAAUUAAAGUGUGAUGAGUUCUAACGAAGACAACUAAAAAAUGAGCAGCUAGAUGGAAACCAAGAAACAUUUUUCCCCUUUUAAUGAAUUUUAAUCUCCUUUCAGCAUGGAUUGAUCAUGACUGAAUAGUUCCUUUAAGAAUUCAAAGUGAUUUUUAAUUAAUGUUGUUUUUCUUAGACGAAAGCAGCCACCCCUCCCCCGCCGCCGCCUUCUGUAUGCGAUAUUUACGCACUAUGAAUGCACUAAAAUGGGGUGUGUCGAGGGGCGGAGGUUGUAGGAGUUUAGGCUGAACACGAUGAAAUAUAGCCCCCUUGCAGCUUGACCAGCCCGAUGAAUCAGUCUAAAAGUGAGUGUCCUUUCAAAGGAAUGAUGACAGACAGAAGAUUGCAGAAUUGACUAAGGUGGAAUUGUCCAAUUUCGAGGCCAACAUUGAGAGAGAGAUAGAGGGAAAAGGACUUUGAGUGCAGCGUUAUUCCUUCAAUUGACCCAAGUUCUAAUAAUGUCACAAAUUGUACGUAGCUAAAGGAAGAAUAACUAUACGUCUCUGUCUGUCUGAUUAAUUUAUUCACAUCCUAUUUCAGGAUCGAUAGUUCCCUCAGAAUGUAACUCCUACAUUGACCUUGAUGAACCUGGCCGAUAUUGGGGCAAUAAUAGUGGUUCUGUAAUCUGCGAUCAGCGUGACCCUAAAUUUGUCAACAAUAAGUGGUAUCGCUUUGUUGGAGGAGCUGGGAGGAUGAUGGCGUCGUAUUGCAUACCCAAAUCAAGUUGCAGUACCCAUAGAUCUUCAUGGAUAAAUGGUGAUCAUCCGACUAGUCUCUACACCACGGUGACAACAACUGUAUGCAUGCACUGGGGUUCAGACUGCUGCGAGAGAUCCUACCUCGUUGGCAUAACACAAUGUGACGGCUACUACGUGUAUAAACUGCAAAAGCCCACAUCAUGUUCUGAGCGUUACUGUGGUGUUUUAGGUAAAGAGUCUCCCUUCAUUGUCAUAUGAAUAGCAUCAUUUGAAAGAUAACUUAUCAUUCGAUGGCACUUCUAUAUAUAUGUUCGAACUUCUAUCAUUUCCUCGAACAAUAGCGGGGGGCGAUUAUUUCUUUUUUCGCACCAAAAAGGGGGCGGUAAUCCGUGUGAGGCGAUUAUUUCAAAUAUUGUUCACAAGAAGUCGUGCGCUGAAUAUUCUGAAUGUUCCAUUUUCCCAUUAAUUAAAUUAAAAAAAAGAUAACGUCAAAUAAACUGAACCUUGACAUUUAAAGUGUUCCAAAUUUGGUUUCUUGAUUAAUUUUCACCGUAAAUGUCCUCGGCGUCAAAUCUUGAAUCGUCACUGAUCAGUUAUGCUGGAUCAGACUCCACUUCAGCUUCAUCCUCAAGUUUACCGCGCUAUGGGUAUCCCUAGCGGGUAACCUAUAUGACCUAUAUGGGUGGGAGAGGAGCGAUUAGGGAGUUUAAGAUACGGAGACUACGGACUACGAACUAUGGCUGGACGAGCGUUAGGCCUACUCUGGGACCAUAAGUCGCCGUAACUUUAAGCGACUUUGGGCGAUUUAAGGCGACUUUAGGCGACUUUAGGAAAAUUUGCUAAAAUUGUUAUGCGACAUAAGGCGAUUCAAGGCGAUUUAAGGCGACUUUAGGCGACUUAAGGUGACCUAUUAAGUGAAUUAAAUGCCAGUGUCUACAAAAUUGACAUCUACUGAUAACACCACCUGUCUAUGGAGACAGUCGGUCUUGGAGACGUCUAUUAAACACCCAAAAUUCCAACAAUCUCAAGACAUUUAAUACUAAAAUAGUGAUUCUACCUUCUACUUUGAACAUUACAUAUCAAGGUAGCCUGCGUCGCAGAUGUUAUCUAACACUGGUUAGUCAGAGCUGCAGAGCAGCACUGCAGACAGACUUAACCCAGAGUUUAGUUCCAUCUGUGGCGCAGGCUAACAUCAAGGUGUUGGUUUAGUAUUACUAUAGCAGAGACAAAAUCUGGACUGGAAGCAACCAAAAGGGUAAAGUUUCUUUUAGCCUUUAAAUGCAAUAUUUUACAAGAUAAGGGAUAAAAACAAUGGUUCCUGCAUUUCUUUUCCCGAAAAAUAAACCCCCCUAAAAUGACUGAAAGGCAUGCAAUUUUUUUUUUACCAAGGGUGAUAUAAUGGUAUAAAAAUAAUCAUCAAACUUUAGUUUAAAAAAAAAAAAAAAAACUUAAAGAUUCAUACAAAAGUUAAGGAUGCAAUGUCACAUUAAAGAUAAGAAAUUGCAUGUGCCUGAGUACAUUACUCCAAUGCAGCUCUUUAAAGCGGAGAGCUGGUUUGUAAGAAAAAACUCAAAGUUUAUAUUAAAGUGUCCAUCUUCAUAAUUUGACAACAAACAUUAAAAUAGUUAAUAUUAAAUCAUUUAUCAAUAUUGCAAAUUAUGGCCAUGACGAUCCCCAGUGUAUGUCGUCGCACUGCUCUGCCAAUGUUUGUCCUCAUACAGUCAUACAAGUACGUUUGGCAAGUUAAAGAAGUUCUUCCAAUUGCAUUCGGAUACAAGCUUAAAGUUGGCCUUUCUCGCCAACACAUAUAUUGCUCCUUUCCCGUCUCAAUCAAAGAAAACACUCCAAUAUUGCCAAUACUUGCUUUGCUUGUGAACCGUACUCGCUUUCCAUAAAUUCCACGGUCUCUUUGAAAACUUUCCAGUCGGGUUGAUUUCAUGAAUCUGCAUGAAUACAUUACCAGCAAAAACAAAACCAACUCAAAAAACAGCCUCGCUUUGUUCCACACGGCAGCGUUUGCGCUGUCGGCAUAAAAAGAAGCCUUUAUGUUUAAACCGAUGGCAGUACCAAGUUUAAACGUUUCCAUCAUAAUCUCGGAAAUUUCCAGUUAAAGGAGAUCUUCGAAAGGAAAACGUACUAGCAAGCCGCCAUUUUGAAUCUCUCAGAAUUCCUCUGCAGUCCACUGUUUCUCGCCCCCGCCCUCUCCCCGCCUCCAGACCAGCUUGUCAUGUGACCAAAACACCACACUUUCAGGCGGCCAUGUGCUACGGGUGAGCAGUACAUUGAGGACAGAGGAAAGAGCUGCAUUACUUGGCGUUUCUACGUUCUUACUUAAGUUUAAUGGUCGAUUACAUCAAAUCGUUUGGCAGGGAGCAAUCACGACAACAUACACUAAGCCAUUUUACGCGCCUUCGAUGCACAGAAUUGUUUUUACGAGUGAUUGGUUGGAACUUUACACUUGCAGUAAAGCUUGAGUUUAUAUCUGUCUGGAAGGGAAGAACUAAAGGGACGACUAUAUAAGCUAAGUGUUCAAGUAUAUAAGAGUGAUUGUGCAUAUGACUGAUAGAUGGAUAUAAUUCGACGGUAAAUACAUAUCAGAGGUUGUGUGCUGGAGAAAUGACUUAUUAUUGGUUGCUCUUACAAUCUGUUCCUGGGUAAGGAUUAAGUUUAAGGUGGACGUUUUUGUCGAUAGACCUUUAAGCUUGUAACUUGUUAGCCCUACUUACCAGACGCAAGAUGGAUGUUGUGGCGGCAGUAAUUGGUUUUUAUCUCCGUGCAACGUACCUUUUUCGAUCUUAGUUUUCUGAAAUGUCUUUCACUGGUUAUAACGAGAUUAACUCUCACAAAGCAGUAGAAAAAUGACUUUUCCUUUUUUUAAUUAUAGUCUAUUCAGGCUGCACAGGAAGUCAGCUGUACAACUUGCUGUUCUGACAGCUGUACCUAGCAUGCAAUAGCCUAAAAGCCAUUUUGACUAACCGGAAUUAUUAUUAUUUUUUUUAUGAAUGGGAUUGAUUACAGUUCUGUAAUUUGAAUUCCCUCAAAUAAUUCACUUGUCAGCUAGGCAAGUUGAAAUCACCAGUCCAAUAAUGAAAUCCAGUAGCCCAGGGCUACUGCCUGGACACUACUCUCUUUGCACGCUGUUUACUAUAUUUACCUGGAACUUGAACCUUUGAAUGCCAUUCAACAACACUUUUACUCUGAAAUAUGAGACAAACCUACCUGAAGAAAUGAAUGAAAUACCUUUUGUGUCAUUUUUGCCUAAGCAAUACAGGAAUAGUUAUUCUUGCAUUGCUUACAACUAUUUAUUUUGUGUAUUAAAUUGCCUAAAGUAAUUCAAUGUCUCAAUUAAAAGGCUGGAGAAGGAGUUAAUGUGCCUUGAUAAGUCACUGUGGGAGUUUUUUUGGGGGUGGGGUGCGGUGGAACUGUGGUAAUAUCAUUGAACAUGGGUUAUUACACACUUUAUGAGGAAUCAUACAUUCUGGAAAUUCAGAUAGAAAACUAGAAAAGUAAUCACUAUUAGAGAAUUUCAACCUCUUACUUAGAAAGUAUGAUGAUUUAAAGCGACUUAAGGCGAUUUAAGGCGACUUUAGGCGAUUUAAGGCGACUUUAGGCGACUUAAGGCGAUUUAAGGCGAUUUAAGGCGACUUUAGGCGAUUUAAGGCGACUUUAGGCGACUUAAGGUCCCAGAGUAGGCCUAGCGUUGUCCUUUGUUCGUAGCACUGGGCUGAGUCGUGCAAAUAUAGAACGUUAAGAUUGGACUACAGACUGUAAACUACGAGAGAAGAGGCGGAGAGGGAAACAACACGCAAAGAUUUUCUUGUUUUCAUCACAGUUCACAAAAAUGCAAGUCAGUUUUGCAUGUGAUCUUAUCUUUAGAACAAUGAACAAAUUCUUCCAUACUUGAAGGAAGCAAUUACGUCGGGUGAAAUUGAUAAACAAAGUUUUGGUUACACAGGUUUUAUUUUUUCGCCCAUGAAUACUUAUGUCAAAUAUUAAAGAAAUAGACAGAAAUAGUAAUAUCUCAUUUAUUAGAUUUAGAGGAUGGACUUCUCCGACUACUGAUCUUAUGUACUUUGAAGUAUUGAAAUGCCGAGUUUCGAUUGUCUCGAAGAUGUUUACAUCAUUUUCAUUCAGCAAAUGGCGCGAUUCAAAAACUCGCAUAAACAAACGUCACACAAGUAGAAAGACACACUGAUCAGUUCGACCAAACAUUGAAACUUUUCAAGUGCGAAGAGAAAGUAAAUUACCUGCAUGAUUUCUCUUCUCCUACGCCGUCAAUCUGAAUUCUGCGUAUAAACAUCUGAACUUAAUAUGAGCUUAGUUAGAAAGAUUUGAAUCACAACAGUCGAUUAAAAGCGUGAAUCUCAGCAGAAAUUAGACACAACUUACAUAUUUCGCUUCCCUCUCACUUAAAGCAGGUGAAUUGAAAACUUUUUACGAAAAGAUGAGAUUCUUGAAUUACCGGACGGCAAAAUACGAGCAAAAUGUUCUCCGUCGUCGCGACUACGCGAAACAGCUCAACAACUCACCGUAGCCGCAGGACUACGCGAGAAAAAUGAAUAGUCACGUGGUUUUGAUCAUGCGCAGUAGCAUGUUUAUCCGUAGUCGUAGUCCGUAGUCGCCGUAUCUUAAUCUUAACUCCCUACUAAUCGAGGGACGGCUACUAUUCGAGGAAAUACGUUAUUUCAUGCCCGUUGCUUCUUCCACAUUUUCUCAUCAUUAAUUUUUGCUGUGACGCAGAUGCAAAUGAUGCCUGUUUUGGAACCGCAGGAUCAGACGUCUGUGCUUGUAAUCCGGGUUAUAGGGGAAGUCCUUGUUCUGGUAGGUAA